UUUCAAACGCACCCGUAUUACGGUAGCCCAGCACGCGCAUUUACGCUGCGUACGCGGACACCAAAUCCCAGCUCUCACAAGCGAAAAAAACGUUUCCAACCGGGGUGGUGUCGAGCGGACCCCACUUUGGCUUUUUGCUCCGUAAAUCGAACAUUUUGCUCGGUGAAAAGCCUUUGAGUGAAGACGUAGAAAGGUUUGCGGUGAAAAAAAAAAGUCAGUGACAGACGGAGCAGGCGCGGUUUGGAGAGGAAAAGAAUGGCGGAUUCGAGCAGCACUGCAGCGGUCGGGGCCGCAGCCUCCAACAACAGCGUCACUGCUGCCGGGGCGGCUGGCACUGUUGCGCAUGAUGGAGCCCCCGGAGCGGCGGGUCAAAAAACACCCUGCGAAUCUGUGAAGGGUCAGAUUUUUGACGUGGGCCCCCGCUACACCAACCUGUCUUACAUCGGGGAGGGCGCUUACGGAAUGGUGUGCUCUGCCCUGGACCACAUGACCAACCAGCGCGUGGCCAUCAAGAAGAUCAGUCCCUUUGAGCACCAGACGUACUGCCAGCGCACGCUGAGAGAAAUCAAGAUUCUACUGCGUUUCAACCACGAGAAUAUCAUUGGCAUCAACGACAUCCUGAGAGCUCGGCACAUCGACAACAUGAGAGAUGUCUACAUUGUGCAGACGCUGAUGGAGACAGACCUCUACAAGCUGCUCAAGAGCCAGAGGUUGAGCAACGACCAUGUCUGCUAUUUCCUCUACCAGAUCCUGCGAGGACUCAAGUACAUCCACUCUGCCAACGUGUUGCACCGGGACCUAAAGCCCUCUAACCUGCUCAUCAACACCACUUGUGACCUCAAGAUUUGUGACUUUGGCCUGGCGAGGAUCGCCGACCCUGAGCACGACCACACAGGAUUCUUGACUGAGUACGUGGCCACACGUUGGUACAGGGCUCCAGAAAUCAUGCUCAACUCCAAGGGUUACUCCAAGUCUAUUGAUAUCUGGUCAGUGGGCUGCAUCUUGGCUGAGAUGCUCUCCAACAAGCCCAUCUUCCCUGGGAAACACUACCUUGACCAGCUCAACCACAUUCUGGGCGUCCUCGGCUCUCCAUCCCUAGAAGAUCUAAACUGCAUCAUUAAUAUGAAAGCCAGGAACUAUCUGCAGUCCCUCCCUGAAAAGCCCAAGAUCCCAUGGGAGAAGCUUUUUUACAAGGCAGACUGUAAAGCUCUGGACCUGCUGGGCCGCAUGUUGACCUUUAACCCCAACAAGCGUAUCAGCGUUGAGGAGGCGCUGGCCCAUCCUUAUCUGGAGCAGUACUACGACCCCACAGAUGAGCCAGUGGCAGAAGAGCCAUUCACCUUCUCCAUGGAGCUGGAUGAUCUUCCCAAGGAGAAACUGAAGGAACUCAUCUUUGAGGAGACUGCUCGCUUCCAGGAAAACUAUCAGGGCUCCUGAGAGAUACAGUCCGAGGAUGUGUCAAAGCCGACCAACCACGGGCUGGGAAGCAGAAGAGCCGAGUGGACAUGCUUGAACACAAGAAAACUUAUCCCUCAAGAAUCCAAGAAAAAGAUCAAAAAUCUGAACUGCUUUUGUCUCAUUGCCUCUGCAAGCAAGCUUAGUGUUUGACUCUGAUUGGUGUGCUUUGGUGGGGCUGUGCUCUCACUCCUUUCUGCUCCUGUCCUCAUCAUCUCUUCAUGGCCGCCUUCCGGCCAGCUCCAUAGAGUCUACUAUGAUUGUCCUGUCUUGCUUCAUCUUCACAGAGAGCACAAGCACCUGGCCCGUUCAAGCUUGUUGACAUCUUCUCUGAUUCAUCUUGGACCCUCCUUCUCACGCCAUUCAAUCCAUGGUGCCUGGGCCUCCCAGAUGGAUUGAGUGGCGUGGAUGAAUGAGAAAAUCCUUUGGCAUGUUUACACAACGCACGCAUUCCUGAGAUUUACCAAAGUGAACGAGAGACGCUAAGAAGGAGUUGGGGACGCAACCAUGUCCCCCUGACCUCCAUCAAGCACCACCUAUAACUGGGUGUCACACUACAUAGUUAGAUGUGCUCCAUAAUAUCUGGCCUGUGCCUGAAUGCUUAGCAGUGUCAAUGCACAAGUGGUAUAAAACACUAAGGAGCCAAUUCUUGUCCUGCUUAAGUGACUUGGCAUCAAUCCUUAGCUCCAAAUAGACAACGUAGGACUCUUUCAAGUCCACACAAAGUAAACAAGACGUAAAACAGCCCCCUCUGCUGGCCAUUGCAUCAACUCACCACUUUUUAUAAUUCAGGGGUGUCCAAACUUUUCCCACUAAAAAAUAAUUUAUUUCAUUUUCAUAAGCUACACAAAUAGAUUAUUGUUUGACCUUUAGUGCUCCCCUCAAGUUUCAGUUGUAAAAAUGUUAAAAAUAAGUCACAUAGUAUUUUUGUUCUUUUUAAUGCUUAUGUUUCAAUAUGUCAAUAGAAAAGUAUUUUUUAAUGUUUUAUGGCAUUUUUUUCAAAACCCAGUUUGUAAGACAAAACACCAAAUAUGCAAUAUUUUCCUCACCAAAAAAUAUUUCAAAGUAAAAUUUUUGAUGUGAAGUAAUUGGAGCUUUAGAUAGAUCAAUAAUUGGUAACAUUGAUUUUAAUUCAUAAUUUUUUGAGCAAGGACAGUUAACAAAAAAUCCCACUAAAGUUCUUGACUAUUCAAAAUGACUCACAAAAGUGUUAAAAAAAUAAGCCAUACAUUUUAUUUUGACUUUUAAUGCUUAAGUCGAUCAACCUCAGAUCUUUCUGCCCAUUAUAUUUUUUUUAUGUUCUAUGUAUAAAUAUGUAUACAUAUAUAUAUAUAUAUAUAUAUAUGUGUGUUUGUAUGCAUGCGUGUGUGUAUGUGUGUUUGUGUGUGUGUGUAUAUAUAUAUAUGUAUGUAUAUAUAUGUAUGUUAAUGUGUAUAUAUAUGUAUGUAUAUGUGUGUAUAUAUAUAUAUGUAUGUCAAUGUGUAUAUAUAUGUAUGUAUAUGUGUGUAUAUAUAUGUAUAUACAUAUAUAUAUGUGUAUAUAUUUUUAUAUAUGUAUAUAUAUGUGUGUAUAUGUAUAUAUUUAUACAUGUGUAUAUGUUUAUAUAUGUGUAUAUAUGUAUGAGUGUGUUAAUGUGUCUAUAUGUGUGUAUAUAUAUAUAUAUUUAUACGUAUAUAUAUACGUGUAUAUACAUAUGUAUGUACGUAUAUGUGUAUAUAUAUACAUAUAUAUAUAUGUGUAUAUAUAUACAUAUAUAUAUAUAUAUAUAUAUAAUAUAUAUAUAUAUAUAAUAUAUAAUAUAUAUAUAUAUAUAUAUAUAUAGGUUUGUACUGUUUAUGCCCUUUUUGGCAAAACCCUGUUUUUUUUGGCAAACACACUAACUACGCUAUAUUUUUCCCAAAAUAUAUUUCAAAAUUAAAUUAUUGACGUAUUCAAAGCUCCAAACAGCGUUGAUUUUGAUGCAUUAUUAUUUUUUGGACCGUUUUGUGUAACUAGAGUCCACCGUUUCUCGUUACAUUUCUUCUGUUUGCUCUUUCAUUUCACUUUUGAUGCCUUAUUUUACAAUCUUCUUGGUAGAUAGGUCCCCGGGCCGUACUUUGGACACCCCUGCUUUGUGCGCUCCCAUCUCAUCUGUUUGGCCAUUUGUGGACGCGGUUGCCAUAGCGACCAUGUCGUCGUCUCCCUGCAGAUGGCUGCGGGUUGGCAGCUCGGUGACCACACGGUGGUUGUUGACGUGGCCGCCCUCUCAGGUCAGUCAUGGCGGCCGUGGAGCGCCCCUUGCUGGCGUAGAAAGAAAGUUCUCUCAGAAGCCAUAGAAAGCACCACGACUGUCCCACUAAGGGGGGUGGUCCCUCCACACUUGCCACGCUUUACUCUAAGGGCUGCAUCCUUCCUUCCUUCCCAACUGUGCACUUCCUUUCAGCCACGGCUUUACCUCCCCUUUCUCGGCGCUCACAUGACCAAUCACAUGGCCCAAUCAGCACGCCUGCACUUUGUCCUACAUCUGCUCCCUCCAUGUGGCGCUCAGCUUGAAGAACUUCUGGUUUGGUGUUUGUGGAGUCGUCGUGUAACCUCCAGACCAUCCAGUCCAGAUGUUUCUGGCUCGGUGUUUGUGGAGUUGUUGUGUAACCUCCAGACCAUCCAGUCCAGACCAUCCAGUCCAGAUGUUUCUGGUUUGGUGUUUGUGGCGUCGUCACGUAACCUCCAGUCCAGAUGUUUCGGCUUGUGUUUGUUUGUGUUCCUCACAACUCGUUAUUGCAGUGAAGCAUCUGUUUCCUUUGGAUCUCCAAGCCUGCUUGCUUUUUCUCCAAUGUCUGACUGGGUUGCCAUGGAGAUGGUGUUUUAGCAAUCACACACACGUGUGAGGAGUGUGUGUGAAAUGUUACACUUGAACACACGUGUCAAUGUGUCCAGAUAUCCUCCUCAUUAUUAUUAUUAUUGUUAUUGUUAUUAUUAUUAUUACUACGCUGAUUGUUGUCACGUUGGUGAGUUGUUGUUUUUUUUUUUUUACUUCAAGGGAGUUCAAGUUGUAUCAUUUUUUUUUAACAAUUAGAACAUUUUCAUUGGAUUUUUCUUGCUUCUUUCUCUUCUGGGCGUGAUGAUUAUCUACCGUGUUUUCAGUCUUUCUGAGAUUUUGCGUUUUUUUCCAAGUUCUUGCUAAGGAGUAUUUCCCAAGGAAUUAUGUGUGGAGGUAGGAGUUAUUGAGGGAUAUAGUCUGUAUAUUGUAUGGAUAUUAACGAAAUAAUUAACACAAUUAAAUGACACCAAUGAAUAAAACUUCCUGAUACAGUU